UUUAAAAAUGUAGUCAUAAACCAAUUCCUCAGUCUAAUAAGAAAUGAGGAAGUAUCUACGUUAUCAAAUUCGCCUGGGUGUUUCGGAUGAAACUUCAGCAGUGAAUGAGGACACCGGCAUUCUGAACAGAUGAAGUCUGCAGCCACAGCGCUUUCCAGAAUAACAUUCGCUCUUCUUUUGUUUGACGCUUUUUACCUCGAGGCUAAAACAGUGAUAUCUGUGGAUGAUGUUGGUCACUUCGUACGUGUGGAUGUGGAUUUAUCCCGUGUUGCCCGACGGGUGGACGAAAGGUUUCUCUCCGUGGCUAUUGAUGCGAGUUUAUUAACUGAAGAGAAGUUUAUGAACCUACUGAAUUCACCAAAGUUAAGAACCCUCUCCAAAGCGUUGACCCCAGCCUUUCUGCGAUUUGGAGGCACCAAACAAGAUUUUCUGAAAUUCAGCCCACGCGGAAGAUAUUAUUUGCAAGACAGAGAAAACAGCAGCAGCGCUUUACAGGGAAAUGUAUGUAAGAGACUUGAAUUGCCUCCACUGCUGGAAAACCGGUUAAAGCAGGAAUGGGUCCUACAGUCAAAGUCUUUACUUCUGGAGGAACUGGACGGAAAAUACCGCAACACGAAAUUCUCUGAAGAUUCUGUGGACCUGCUGUACUCGUUUGCAAACUGCUCUGGUUUGGAGCUCAUCUUUGGGUUAAAUGCUUUGCUGCGAACCAGCAAAAACUGUUGGAACAGUGGGAAUGCAGAACUGCUGCUGAAAUACUGUGAGUCCAGGCAGUAUGUGAUGUCCUGGGAGCUGGGCAAUGAACCCAACAGUUAUGAGAAGAAAGCAGGGGUUAGAGUGGAUGGAUACCAACUUGGUCAGGAUUUCGUUCAUUUGCAUAAAAUCCUUCAGGAAUCUGCUAUCUACAACUCAACAGGACUUUAUGGACCAGAUGUUAGUCAACCAAAAGAUCACCGCAAGGAUUUGUUAACUGGAUUUUUGGAGACUGGAGGAAAGGUCAUUAAUGCAUGCACUUGGCAUCACUAUUAUGUUAAUGGCCGAGACACGUCUUUAGAGGAUUUUCUUGACCCUGAAGUGCUUGAUUCUCUGGCAACAAAAAUUAACGAGGUCCUCAAGAUGGUUGAAGCUGUUUCCCCGGGGAAGAAGGUUUGGCUGGGAGAGACCAGUUCAGCAUAUGGUGGAGGUGCCGUUGGGCUCUCUGACACGUUUGUGGCGGGCUUCAUGUGGUUGGACAAACUGGGGCUUGCUGCUAAGCUUGGUUUGGAUGUUGUUAUCAGACAGGUUUUAAUUGGUUCUGGCACGUACCAUUUAGUGGAUGAUAACCUCGAUCCUCUUCCAGAUUACUGGCUGUCAUUGCUCUACAAAAGGCUUGUUGGUCAAGAGGUCUUAAAAGCAGACGUUACUUUCAAUUCAGGACUAAAGAAACCAAUACGGGUUUACCUUCACUGCACAAACAAAAUGAGUACACAAUACAAAGAAGGAGCUGUGACCUUAUUUGCCUUAAACCUGAAUCAAAACGAAGCCACGAUUAGUCUUCCAGCUCGUAUGGUCAACGGCUCCAUUGAAGCGUUCGUGCUGCAGUCAGAUGAGGCUGGCGAACAAGGCCUUUAUUCCAGGUCAGUUCGUCUAAAUGGAGAACUGUUGAAGAUGGUGGACGAUCGAACUCUUCCUCCACUGACGGGACGUGAGCUGCCGUCUGAUAAACAUAUCAAGCUGCCCGCUUUCUCAUUUGCAUUCUACGUUCUGAUUGAUGCACAAGCUGCGGUCUGCAAAUGAGCUCUUACAAAAGACUGCUUUUACCGGAGAAUCAGGGAGUAAAUAUUUUCACAGUAAGAUUAUUUAAUGCGAGGGAACACUUAAAACUUGAAUCAAAUGAAUAUGUCUAUUAAUAUGAAAUCAACUUUUUAUUAUUUAUAAAAAAUCAUAUUUAUUAUUCUAAAUAACAAGAAUAACCUCUGAAGAAGGUGUUUAAUAAUUCAUGCACAACACUGGCCGGAUUUAAUCCAUUUUAUAUCUGUUUAAAUAAACAGAUUUGAAAAAAAGUUCUCAUUAGUCUGAACUUUCAUUUCUCCUUUUAUUUUUUUGACGUUUCCGAGUGAUUCAUUAUUAUUCUCAGUGCAGGCCGGCUGUAGCAAUUAAGCCAUUUGAUUCUCAUCAUUUUCUAGCUGUGUGAUUCGCAUCUGUGUGUUCAAGUGCUGCAUUCGGCUACAUUUAGAUUUUCAAAAAGUGCUAGAGACUUUUAAGAGUCCUGUCAAAGCGCAGACAUAAGAGGUCUACAUUUAAGUGCACUUUCUACUGUCUGUGCACUUACUUGAGAGUAUAUGGCGGAGCACUCAUACAUCUGGUGUGCUUUAUUUGAGAACAGCUGGAUUAAAUAUUGCUAGACUUAACACUAAUAAUCUUUUGAAUUUGUUUACAUGUCAGGGAGGAUUGCUAAUGGCAAGUUUGUAAUAUAAACAUUUAGCAUUUAAAAUGAUUGAAAGAGCUUUGCAUGAACAUGCACACCACCAACAUAUACAGGGUGGAUGAAAAAGAAUAGGGAGCAUUUAUUGGCUGUUGAACUUUUGUUUCUUAGAAUAUGAUAGUAAAUAGGAUAUUUCCUGUGCCAAUAGAACAGGAAAAAGAAACAGAAAUAUGAACUUCAUUACUAAUUUGAUUACCAAUUAAACCAAUAGUUAAUGCUCCCUGUAGAAUCGUCCACAAGUGAAAAGCUGUUAAUGUUAGAAGGAUAGUUCUCCCCAAAAAUAAAACGUUGUUCGGUAGGGGGAUUUUUAAAGCGUGUAAAGAUUUUUAAGUAAUAGACAACAUUUGGAGUUGAAUUUAUUUACUGCCUAGUCUGUGACUCAGAAGACAGCAGUGUGUUGUUUCGGCCAGCAGGAGGCGAUAUUCACCGCUGUUCAGAUCGUUUUGGAGGACACUUUUGUUAGUAGAUGAGUGAAUUAAUGAAGACCACGUUAUUGAUUGAAUUUCGUUGAGGUUUUCGUUUGUGAUAUAUGUUUAACCUUUUUUCUAUAGUCUUUUGGUAAAAGAUUUUAUAUUUAAAAGGCGUGGGAGUAUGUCAUCAUUUUG